AUGCCUCGGGAGAAGACGUUCGUCCUUAAAGGCCACAUCUGUAUCAACCGCCAAGGCGGCAUGCGCUCCUACAAGCUUCGCGCUCUGGCUCAAAAGCUGUUGGUGUGGACCGCAUGGCAUUUCCUGUCGUUUCGGGUGACUCAUGUCCUAGGCUUUUUGAACAGGGGUGCAGACCUUUUGUCAAGGGGGAACCCGCUCUACGGAGAGUGGUGGCUCCACCCUCAGAUAGUGAGGCUGCUUUGGGAGAGGUUCGGCCAGGCUGCCGUCGAUCUCUUCGCCUCACGCAAAAACGCCCACUGUCCUAUAUUCUUCUCACUUCGGGACGAGGACACCCCCCUCGGCGUGGACGCUCUGGCUUGUCCGUGGCCCAGCGCGCUACUCUACACUUUCCCUCCGCUCUGCCUGAUGUCUCCGACUCUGGCCAGGGUCGCUGUACAGGGUUUGUCUCUGAUCCUCAUAGCUCCCAGACAGGGUGGCUCUCUGGGCCUGGCCUGUGAGAGGGUGAAUUUAAACACUUUGGGGCUUCCCCCACGUGUUAUUGCCACUAUUCAGAAUGCCAGGGCCUCUUCCACACGUUCGCUCUAUGAUUGCAAAUGGCAUGUGUUUGAGGAGUGGUGCGAGGAGCACCAGCUCGUUUCGUAUCUGUGCUCCGUCGCUGAUAUUCUGGGUUUUUUGCAGGACCUUAUCGAUUGUGGCAGAACCUUUUCGAUGAUUAAGGUCUACUUGGCGGCUAUCGCUGCGUGUCACACUGGUUUCAGCAACAUUAUGGUGGGACAGCACCCCCUUAUCCGUAGAUUUAUGAAGGGUGCGCGCUCCUUGCCGGUCACCAGAAGUGUGGUCCCGGAUUGGGAUCUCUCCAUGGUGCUGGAGGUGCUGGCCCAACAGCCUUUUGAGCCCCUGGGGGAUAUCUCCCUCAAGCUGCUGUCCUUCAAGACAGUUCUGCUCCUGGCUUUGGCUUCCGCCAAAGGUGUCAGUGAUUUACAUGCGCUCUCGUUUCAUUCCUCAUGCACCAAAUUCUCGCUCUGUGGAGAUAGCGUUUUGCUUAGGCCUGACUCGGCCUUCAUGCCUAAGUGCUUUCCAGCCUUCACUGUUGGUGUGAUUGAGCUCUCCGCUUUUCACCCUCCUCCCUUUUCUUCUGCGGAGGAUCAGAGGUUGAAUGCUUUGUGCCCUGUGCGUGCCCUACGGGCAUAUAUGGUCAGGACUAACUCUUUUUGGAGGAGCGACCAGCUCUUCGUCUCUUGGGCCCCGCCGAACACGGGGAAACCCAUCUCUAAGCAACGCCUCUCUUGCUGGCUCGUGGGAGCCAUCUCCUUAGCGUAUGAGUCUAGGAGCGUGCAGCCUCCAGGUGGCCUCAGAGCUCACUCCACUAGAGGCUUGGCUGCUUCUUGGGCUCUGUUUGGGGGAGUGCCCCUGCAGGACAUUUGUGCUGCUGUGAGCUGGUCCUCUCCGCACACCUUUGUCAGGCACUACCGGCUUGAUGUUACCCGUACCACGGUGGCUCAUGCGGUCUUAUGUGUGGGCUCUUCGUAG